CGUAUACGGUACGCAGAUAUGAUUUACGUACGUGUAAACAACAAUCACACUGAACUGGAUGUUGACAACUAGAAUCUAGACGAGAGAUCGUUCAUGAUAUUGACAGUUUAUUUUGAUAUUUUACACAUUCUAACUAGAGAAGAGGGACAGGAAAAGGCCUGAAAAUGCCAGGUGUUGGCAAAACAAACAGCAACACUCCAAUUACGGAACAAAUAUCAGAGUUACAGCGGAAAAUAUCCUUGUUGGAUGGUGACCGCAAGGCAUACUAUGAGAGCUCACAAUGGACCAUCAAGCAGAAUCUUGAUGUGAUCCGUAAGGUCCGUCAGGAGAACAAGACGCUACACAAGCGGCUAGCAGCAAGCAAGGCGGGAGAUGACCGUGUACUUGAUAUCGCCUUCAAGAGUCGAGAGGUGGAGCGUGCCUCUCUCAGAGGCAAAUCUGGAAAGGAAGCAAUCCGCAUCAUAGACCAGAAGCUUUGCGAGGCCAAGAAGCGUCUCAACGCUGAGAAGUCUCAGACCCUGAAGCGAGAGAAGACCUACUCGGAGCUUGAGGUACAGCAUGAUCAGAUGCUCAAGGAUGCAUCGGAUGCAGAAGCUACUACGGCCGGUACAUCGGACGAUGCAAUGGCCCUACGAUCGUUGGAGAAUCGUCUAGACAAGGCCAACCUCAAGCUCCACGAGGCCGAGCACAUCAACCGCACAUACCUGGCUAUCAAGGAGCAGAUGAUCAGGGACAGUUUGACCUUUGGCAAUGACCUUGACGGUGAGGAGAACGAGAUAGACCAUCUGAAGGAAGAGCUGAAGGAACUCCAGGCCAUGAACAAGGACGCCCAGAUCGCUAGAGAUGCUGCCAAGGCUGAGCUGAGCAAACACGAGGAAACGGUUUACCGAGAGAGAAGAGAACGAGAAGAAGCCCUAGCCGUACUCAAGAAACAGGCCGAGGAGAAGAAGGCUCAUGCAGAGCGGGUGGAGAGGAGGCUCCAGAGAGCAUCGAUCCAGCACGAUGACCUGACCCCAGAGCAGAAGCAGUUCGUGACCGGGGAGGAGGAAGAGAAGAAGAUCGGUACCUUCGAGGAAGCCUUCCAGGCUAUGAAGGAAGCUACAGGGGUCUCAGAUCUUGCUGAGGUUGUAAACCGAUUUGAGAACCAGAACUUCACCUACCAGCAUCUGAUGGAGCUGAAGGAAACCAACGAGAAGCAGGUCGUACGUCUCAAGGAAGAGAAAUCCAGACUCAACACAGACUUUGAGGAGAUGAAGUACUCAGGAGAAGCCAAACUAUCAAGUGGUCAGAGAAUGUUGGAGGAGUUCCAGGCCCAUCUCAAGACCGAGGUGGAACGUUGCGGAGAGUCCUCAGAGAAGCUUGAUAAGUGCAGUAAGAUCCUGGUCCAAGUCAAGGCCGGUGUCUCCCAUUUGGCCGAUAAGCUUCAACACAUCAAAGCAAACAAGGGUCACGUACCUCAGGCACAGCUGUCUGCCGAGGCAGAUGAAUUCGUCUUAGAUCUCCUGGCAACCUGCGAAGAGAAGCUUCUCAAACUCAUGGAGGAACUCGAUGGCCACGAUGUCGAUGAGACACUCAGGCAGAUGGAGGAAGAAGAGUUCCAAGUUGGAAUUGAAGGGGCGCUACCAUCACAAAACACACGCAUCAAGCUACCUACUACUCAGAGGGAUACUACUUAUGAUGAUGAGGACAGCGGUGACGACGAAGACAUCGUUACCAGGAAUGCUCUCAAGAAGCAGGCCCAGAGUCUGGUCGACUCCAAGACCAAGAAGCACAAGGUUCGGGCCCGCAAGAAGAAGGGCGUCAAGUAAGACCAGGACCAGAACCCAGAUCCUAGUCCAGCUUUGGUGGAAACCCAAGGGUGAUCUACACCGGAGUGUAUACAUAGAUUGUGUAUAAUGUGAUAUAAUACUACUACUAUCAUCUUGAGAAAUUAUUCCUUCCAAUCGUCUUCAAAUAAUAUUAUAUGUAAAGCAGAAUGUGCUUUAAUCAUCUUGUAGAAAUGUGGGGGAGGAUGGG